CAGCUCUGCAACAGGGGAGUAAAUGUCUGCAAGAGAGGACUGAUCCUGACUGAAGACACCUAUCCGACUACAUCUCCAAAACCGUCAGCAGGGACCAAGAGGGAUGGAGGGAGAAGGCAGUAACCCUGGGGUAGCUAUGGAUUCAGGUAACCCCUUGCUAAGAGCAGUCUUCCUCCGCCGCCUGCGGCUGACGCGGCUUCUCCUGGAGGGAGGUGCUUACAUCAACGAGAGCGACAGCCAAGGUCAGACGCCCCUGAUGGUGGCCUGCAGGACCCAGCACAUCGACGCCCAGAGUGCCAGCCGAGUCAAGCUGGUCCAGUUUCUUCUGGAGAAAGGAGCAGACCCCAACAUCCAGGACAAGGAGGGCCGCUCUGCGCUGAUGCACGCCUGCCAGGAGCACGCCGGCCCUGAGGUGGUGUCUCUGCUACUGGCCAGUGGAGCAGACAUCAGCCUGGAGGAUCAGUCUGGCACAUCAGCGCUGGUCUACGCAGUCAUGGCUGGAGACUGGAAGGUUCUAAAGCUGAUGCUCGACACAUGCAAGGCCAAGGGGAAAGAGGUGAUCAUCAUAGCCACUGACAAAUUCCCAUGUGGCCAACUGCAAGCCACACAGUACCUCGGCAUUCCUCCCCUCGGUUCUCUUGAUCAGACGGACAAAACGGCAUCUGCAGCUCCUGCUUCUCCCUCUGAAAUCCAGCUCAUCACCUCCCCCCAAUGCACCUCCUCUUCCUUGUGUCCCCCAAAGACUGUUUUCUCCUUUAAAGAUGCCCAGUCCUGCGGCGUAAGCUCCCAUCCAUGUUCUCCAUCACGAUUUCAAAGGCUCGGCCAAGCGGUGCCAAAUGGCCUGCAGCAGCCUCUCCUGAGGUUGAACUCUGAGCCCUGGCUGAAGAUCCCGGCGUCUCUGCUCAGCCGGCAGCCUCUUGCAACCUUGCCUUCAGAAAACGGCGAAGACCUCAACCAAAGUGAGGACCUCUCUCUGAGAAUUCCCAAACUAGAUGGCAUGAAUUCGACAACUGACAACUUCAAAUGGUAUGAAGGAAGUUUGGCAAAGGACAAAGGAGUGGAAGGAGAAAAUGAAUGUGCCAACCACACGGGACAAAAGAUAUCCUUACCAGGUCUCCUAUCAUCCCACUCCCACCCCAACCUCCACUCUGCAAACCUUGGAACAGAUUCACUCGCCUCCUCUUCCUCCUUUUCUGGGGGCCAAAACCUUAGCACUCCACUUCACAGCAUGGCCUCAUCAAGCCUUCACAGCAUAAUCCAGAGGCGCAAGUUCGGGGCCGACAUCUACAGCUCUGACCCCCAGCUAGCUAGAGACAUCCACAAUCUGCCCGAGGAGUCCCAGCAAAGAGCAAGAGACAUAACAGAGGUCAAGAAACUGGCCCCCUUACGCUGCUCCAGCACGCUGGGCUCCAGGGAGUCACUGUCAACCGGCCCCAACAGGAGAGUGCUGUCUGGGUACGAGCGCAGAGGGUCUGGAGCCUUCUUGUUGGACCACAACUCCCAGGCCAGGCCUAGAUCUCUGCCGCCUCUGGCCCUCAACUCCACCAACACCCCCAUCCAUAAUGCUUAUAACCUUAGCUCCAGUGCUGGAGGUGGUUUCUGUGACAAAGAGUCUGGCCUAAAAAGUUUCCAUCCCUGCGCUCCUCCUGGACACCCCAAAGAGAUGACCAGGAGGAUGCUGCUGCGGAGACACUCAAUGCAGACCGAACAGCUUAAAACAACAGCCUGAGGUUUACUCAGGAGGGAAGGUCAUCGAUGUGUUUUAAUGUGAAAUGUUUUGUCAUGUGACGUGUCUGUGUGGUGAAAUCCAGUGAGGGAACCCAAAAAGUUAAAGAAAAACAAAGCAUCCUAAUCGACGUAACAUAUAAACUGUAGGUACCUUCCUCUGCUUCAGUGUGCUGUGUGUUGUCUCUGUGCAUGUGGCUUCAGUGUGCAGUUUUAACAUGAACACUUCCUUAAGGCUGCAUUUAAAAAAAAGGCCACUUGGGGGCAGCAGAGCAAGCAGAAAGGGCAACAUCAGAUAUCAAAGGUCUUUUAGCUGAUGCGUUAGCUAACAGUUUAAACACCCAGUAGACUCAGAGCAACAUUAGCAUUCAUUUGAGGUUGUGUUUUUGUGACAAAUCCAGUUCCAACUCACCAGCUAGUCGCUAACUGUGUCUGUCUGCAGUUUGCUGCUGGGCAGGUGGUGUUCAGUUUUUCCUGAAAAGUAGGGUUGAUGCAGCAGAGUGUGAAGCGGUCGAGAGUCAGUACCUACAAAUCUGAGACCAUGGUUCCCUGCUAGAAACCAGUGGAUUGUCCUCUCCAAGUUGAGAUAGUUCAAGUAUCUUGGGGUCUUGUUCUCGAGUGAGGGUAGAAUGGAGCACAAAAUGGAUCAAUAUUGUCUGCAGUGAUGCGAGCACUGUGCCAGACCAUCAUGGUGAAGAGGGAGCUGAGCUGGUAGGCAAAGCAUUUGAUUUCCUGGUCCAUCUCCGUCCCAACCCUCACCUAUGGUCAUGAGCUCUGGGUAGUGACUAAAAGAAUGAGAUCGCAGAUACA